AUGCCAUGGCGUGAUCAAAUCCCUCAGCUCACUCUGGAGCUCCGAGGAAACAUCUGCGGCUCCAUAAUGCCGUGGUGCCGUACUCCGUACUCCCUGCAUGCACCCAAUGUGUCUGUGCUGCAGCUCCAGUACCUGGGCACCCUGCGCGCGAGGCCGAUGCUUAUAGGUGAGGAUGAGCGGUUAACUGCUGCUGAUGCUGUUGCUGUUAGGUAA